AUGCAGAUUGGAAUUCCUGUAAAACUUUUGCAUCAAGGAACAGGGUUUACAAUUAUCGUUGAGUUAAAAACUGGAGAAUGUGCAAAAGGUAUUUUAAUCGAUGUAGAAGAUAAUAUGAAUUUGUUAAUAGAAAAUGUUUUGUUUACUCAAAAGAAUGGUGCAAAAUCAAAUCAAGGAAAAAUUUUUAUUCGUGGUUCUCAAAUUGAAUUUGUGAUUCUUCCCAGCAUGCUUUCUUACUCACCCGUGUUCAAAAAAAACAACUUAGAAACACCUGUGGCAGUAAUAAAAAAAUAA